AUGGGGAGCAGCAGGCUGCUGGUGCUGCUGGGCGCUGCGUUGCCGUUUCUACGACCAGCGGAGUCGGUGGACGCUGUUAGCGCCGAGCGGAGCCUGGCUUGGGGCCCCGGGCUGCAGGCGGGGAUCACCCUGCCAGUCCGGUACUUCUACAUCCAGGCAGUCAGCGUGGCCGGACGCAACUUCUCCCGUUCCCCGCCAGGAAGCACCCAGUUUAAAGUAGUAAUUAAAACACUUUCUCCAAAAGAAGUCACCAGAAUUUACACUCCCCGCCCUUUGGAUAGAAAUGAUGGGACAUUUCUUAUGAGGUAUCGGAUGUAUGGGAGUGUCAGAAAAGGGUUAAAAAUUGAGAUACUUUAUGGUGAUCAGCAUGUAGCUCAGUCUCCUUAUAUUUUGGAAGGACCAGUUUAUCAUGAAUAUUGUGACUGUCCUGAAGAAGAUCCUGAGACCUGGCAGAACAUUAUGUCUUGUCCAGCCCAAGAACCUCAGAUUACAAAGGAUUUCAUUUCUUUUCCCACCAUUGACCUUCAGCGAAUGCUUAAGGAAAUCUCAACAAAGUUCAGUGAGACAAGAGGUGCUAUAGUUCACUACACUAUUCUCAAUAAUCGCAUCUACCGUCGCUCCUUGGGGAAGUAUACAGACUUCAAAAUGUUCUCUGAUGAAAUGUUACUGUCACUGGCAAGAAAGGUUCAUCUUCCUGAUGUGGAGUUUUAUCUUAAUGUUGGAGAUUGGCCAGUUGAGUAUCGGAAAGCUAAUGAUACACCUGGUCCUCUACCGAUCGUUUCAUGGUGUGGCUCCGUAGAUUCAAGCGACAUAGUCCUUCCAACGUACGAUGUAACCCACUCAACUCUUGAAACCCUACGAGGAGUCACAAAUGAUCUCCUUUCUAUUCAAGGAAAUACAGGCCCAUUCUGGGAAAACAAAACUGAACAAGCUUUAUUUAGGGGUCGAGACAGCCGAGAAGAACGUCUCCAUCUUGUCAAGUUAUCCAAGGAAAAUCCAGAACUACUAGAUGCUGGAAUAACAGGAUAUUUCUUCUUCAGAGAAAAAGAAAAAGAGCUGGGGAAGGUUCAGCUGAUGGGCUUCUUUGACUUCUUUAAGUACAAAUACCAAGUGAAUGUAGAUGGGACUGUAGCAGCUUACAGGUUUCCAUACCUCUUGCUGGGUGACAGCCUGGUAUUGAAGCAAGAUUCCCAGUACUAUGAACAUUUUUAUAUUGGAUUAAAACCUUGGAAACAUUAUGUUCCAGUUAACAGAAACUUAGAGGACUUGCUAGAGAAAAUAAAAUGGGCAAAGGCAAAUGAUGAAGAAGCAAGAAAAAUUGCUAAAGAAGGACAAUUAAUGGCCAGAGAAUUACUUCAGCCUCACAGGUUUUACUGCUACUAUUACAAAGUGCUCCAGAAAUAUGCUAAGCGCCAAGCCAGCAAACCUGAAAUACGGGAUGGAAUGGAACUUGUACCUCAGCCUGAUGACAGAGACUCAGUAUGCAGCUGCCACAGGAAAAAGCCUUUGAGGGAAGAUCUAUAA